CGGAAAAAGAGCGCGGCGGAAGUCUUCCUCUGAUAGUCUGCGACAGGCGGCGCGAUGAGCAGCUUUGGCGGGGUUAUGCGGGAAUACCCGCGCCUCUCCAUCGACCGCUUCGACCGGGAAAACCUCCAGGCCCGCGCUUACUUCCUCUCCCACUGCCACAAGGAUCACAUGAAAGGCCUGAGAGCCCCCUCCAUGAAAAGAAGACUAGCAUGCAGCUUAACAGUUCGUCUUUACUGUUCACCGGUAACCAAAGAGCUGCUACUAACUAAUCCAAGAUACAAUUUUUGGGAGAAUUACAUAGUUGCUCUUGAAAUUGAAACUCCUACACAAAUUUCUCUAGUUGAUGAAGCAUCUGGUGAGAAAGAAGAUAUUGUUGUAACACUUCUACCAGCUGGCCACUGUCCAGGAUCAGUCAUGUUUCUGUUCCAAGGUGAAAAUGGCACUGUGUUGUAUACUGGAGACUUCAGACUUGCAAAAGGAGAAGUGGCCAGAAUGGAGCUAUUGCAUUCUGGGAACAGAGUGAAAGAUAUCCAGAGCCUGUAUUUAGAUACCACUUUCUGUGAUCCCAGAUUCUAUCAGAUACCAAGCAGGGAAGAAUGUAUGCAAGGUAUACUGGAAUUAGUACGGAAUUGGAUCACUCUAAGUCGCUAUCAUGUGGUGUGGCUGAACUGCAAAGCUGCUUAUGGAUAUGAAUAUUUAUUCACAAAUCUCAGUGAAGAGCUUGGAGUCAAGGUGCAUGUGAACAAAUUGGACAUGUUUAAAAACAUGCCAGAGAUCCUUUACCAUAUCACCUCAGAUCGGCACACUCAGAUUCAUGCAUGUCGGCAUCCAAGGGAUGAUGAAAUCAUGCGAAGUAACAGAUUGCCCUGUGGCAUGACUUCCCAGAAUGGUAAACAGUUGCAUAUCAUUAGUGUCAAGCCAUCCACAAUGUGGUUUGGGGAAAGAAUGAGGAAAACCAAUGUAAUAGUGAGGACUGGAGAAAGUUCGUAUAGAGCUUGCUUUUCAUUUCACUCUUCUUUUAGUGAGAUCCAGGAUUUUGUGAGCUAUAUCUGCCCUGUCAAUAUAUAUCCCAAUGUAAUUCCAACAGGUGCAACAGAGAAGAGUGUUAUAGAAAUCUUAAAACCAUUGUGCCGAAUGUAUAGUGAAAAGAACAAGCCAAUGUAUAAACCACUUGGAGCACUGAAGAGAGCCAGAAUGUCGGAUCUCACAGAUUCAGGUUGUGAUGGUGAUGAUCUCUUUGAUACAGAAUUAAUUUCUAUCAGAUACAAGCUUCCUAAACUGCUGCCAGAUGGUAUAAUCACACCAUCUGAAAAAAAAUCUCUACUGCGAAACUAUGAAGACAGUUAUAAGAUGUCUUCCCUGCCUAAUUCUGUGAAAGUAAAUUUUGUGGAGUGUGAAGAAUCCAAUGAUGAAGAUGAUGAAGAUGAGGAGGACUCUGAGAAAGAGAUGUUUUGGAUGCCCAAAGGAGGCGGCACUGCUUUGUUACCAAAUCAAGGUGGAGUGGCCCAUUCCGAUCCUAAUUCAAAGCUAAAUGAAGGUGUACAGCUGGGUAAUUUGGAAAUGCCCAAAUGGGAGACCUUUUUUCGGCAUAACAAGGAAGAUACAGAUACUUCCGAACAUGAGGACAGUGUUCUGUCCCCUACAGAUCCAACUGAGCCACGCUCACCCAGCUUGUUUAGUGACAGUGACUCGACUCAUAUCUCCUCCCAAAACUCUUCUCAGUCAACGCACAUAUCUGAACAAGGGAGUCAAGGGUGGGACAGCCAGGGAGAGACCCUACUAAUCUGUUCAGAGGAAAGAAGAAAUCUUGAGCCCAGCUCUUUCAAAAGGUGACCAGGCAAGGUAAUGUUUUAUACACACUUUCUAGAGAAAACAAUGCAGCCAUGUAAUGCUGCUCACUUUUGAGAUGUUGUGGAAAGGAAAGUCAGAAUCCAUUAAAUGAGUGUACAGCAGGCCUGUACUUUGUGGCGGUUAGGGGCACAGAUCCCCUUUGAAAGAAGAAAAAAUAUAUCAUGCUGAAAGACUUUAAGAGAUUCCUAGAGAUGUAUUUUCUAGGAAUCUCUGUCCUCUAGCAGAACUGUGGCCAUUGGUCAGGAGAUAUUCAUCAUAGAAUUGUACCGGGUGAUCUAAAUCAUACUUGGGACCAUAUUAAUCAAAUCCACAAAUAUGGAAGACUGAUUGUACCCACUCUGAAAAAGACGUGAGCAAACAGGGAGAGAAGUCAUGGUCAUCUAAUCGGGUUUACUUUCAUGAGAAGAUCCCUAAAGUUAAUCAGGUCUACUUUCACGAGAAGAUCCCUAAACCAGACCAUUUAGGCAUUAUGUAGAAAAAACUAGCUAUAGCUAAAAGUUACAUUGAUUGCAGGGAGGGGAAAGCCAUCAGGUUUUCUUUUUUAUCAGAGCAGCCUUCCUGAAUCGUGAAUCCAGGCCAGUGAUCCAUGUGCAGCUUCACUUUCUGCCUCUGAAAGCCCUGACUCCUCAUUUGUGGCUGUGUCUUCCCACUUGCAUUCUUUGAUAUUUUUAAAAUGGCCAUCAGCAACAACCUGGAGAGGUUUCCCCAAUUUGUGAAAGAAUACUGUAUACAGAAGUUCAAAAAUUAGAAAAUGACUAUGUGGAAUUACUAUGCUACAUACAUUGUUCAGCUGACCAAAUGCACCAUAAUGCCGAAAGGUUUGACAAUAUAUGCUUACUGAAAUAUUUCAAUAUGCGUUUAAAGAAUUUUUUUUUACCCAGUCAGUAUAGUGUUAUGUGUAUUGGUUAAUCUUGCCUCACAAUUCAGAAAGCUGCUCUUUUUGUCAUCACAACAGCAUUCUUUAAGAGUUCACAAAGCUGUUUGUGCAGUUAUCUUUUUAAAAAAAAAUAAUUCCACUUUGAUAGAACAUAUGCAGACAGCAGUACAGUAUGAGAAGGAGGCUGGUUGACAUGGAAAUCGUCAUGAUUUUUAAAAGUUUGGUAGAUUAUUUAUUGUCCCUUUUGUGUUCUCUAUCCCAGGGAUUCCCAAAUCUUUUCAGGCACGGAGCCCUAUUUGAAGCAAAAGUUUCUCGUGGAGCCCCAAGAAAUAUUUAGUGUUUGGUUCUAUCUAUGUCCUAGGCUUGUGUAAUUCGGCUAGAGGGUGAUCCAUUUUUGGUAUCCACAUUUCGUUGGGUACCGAGAUCCGUUUUUCGGGAGCCUCCCGAAAAUCGGUUAAUGGAAAAAUCUGUUCUCAGCUAAGCAGCCAGAAGAUCCGGCCCAUUGGCAGGGAUGGGGAACUUAUGAGGCUCCCUUUUGCAUUCCUGGGCUCCUUUACUUCCUUUCAAGGGAGACUGGGUUUGAGCAACGGUGUUGAGGAAGCACCCUUCCUGAGACCCUUUCCUUUCCUCCUUUCAAGGGAGUCUGGGUUUGAGGAACGCGAUUAAGGAAGCAUCCUUCCUGAGCUCCUUUUCUUUCUUUUGAGGGAGCCUGUGUUUGAGGAAUGGGAUUAAGGAAGCACCCUUCCCGGGCUUCUUUCUUCCUUUCACGGGAUCCUGGGUUUGAGGAACAGGGUUAAGGAAGCAUGCACAGCGUGGUCCCAAAUAGAAGGGAAGAAGCCGUGCCCGGCAGCCAUGUGGGCCAUUUCAAGCAAAAAAAAAAAAAAACAUGUCGGCUGAGCCAUUACUGUUAAGUCCAUCCAAACUAGCUGGAUUAGCCAAAGGGAACUGACCAAUCCUAAUCCAUGCACAAGCCCAUUACACACGAUACAUAUACUGAAAUAUGUCUAAUAAGGUAUGUAUCUAUACACAUAAUAAAAGUGAAAAUCUGCAUGUGUGUAUGUGGCACAGGUGUCUGUUCACACAGAUAGCCUCCAGCCUCCACAACCAGGCUAUAGUUUCUAGUGCUGAGGAGCCACCAAAUCACUCCCUCCCAGGAAAUUGCAGGUGACAGCGAGUGCAUCCCAGUGUCCUUUCUCCAUUUGCAUGAUUUCACCCAUUGCAUCUCCCUUAACACUUUCCUACCCUUUCCUAUAGCACACAGCAAACAGGAAUUAAUCAUCAACUGAACAUACUAGAGAGAGGUUUGGGGAGGAUUCACCGUGAUUUCUAGGAGGUGUAGGGAUUGGGAUGUACAGUUCAUCUGCAAUAUAAGAGCCCUCUGAACCCCACCAAUGAUGGACCUGGAACUAACUUGCCACACAGACCCAACGUGGCCAAAUUUGCGUACUGGCAGGGUUUGGGCGUGAUUGACCUUGACAUCUAGGAGUUAUAGUUCACCCAUAUUCAGAGAACACUGAACCCACCUGAUGGUGGAUCUGGACCAAACUUGUCUCACAAAUUCAACAUGACUGUAGUGAAAUGUUUAAUUGUAUGAGAGAUUUUAAAACGUAUUGUUAGAAUUAGAACAUGGCUUACCUUGCAGGGUUGGUGUGAGAGCUGCCAUUUUGUAAUCCUUGGGAUGUAACAACAGGGGAGGAGUUAAUUUACAUAGCAGCGACCCGAUUGGUCAUAUGUAAAUGAGCGUGUGCCAAUGUUUAAAAGUGCAGUUGGCAGUUGGGAGAGCAGCUGAACAUUCUAAAGCAGUUAGAAUAGGGAAAGUUAGCUGUUAGGACAGAAUGGUCAGAUUACCAGUAAAGAUAGGUUAAGGAAUGUGUUAAUCGAAGAUAUUUGCUGGAAUAGCUAAUAUAAUAAGUUGAGAAUAGUCAUUCUGCCCCUGCAAAGUAAAAAGUGUUUCUUGUUGUGUUUGCAAGACUGUGUGUGAGAGAGUAAUACUGUAACAUUGUAUUUCAACUAAGAAAGCAAGGCUCCUAUGUAACCAACACACUUCUGUGCCAGACAACAAUAAAAUAAACUUUGUUACUGUUUCA